GCUUGAGUAAUUCACACCAAAAAUACAAAACACACCCGUUGGCUGCUAAGUGUAAUCCGUUCAUACGAAGAGGGAUGUACGUUGAAUAAGACAAUAUGUCUGUUGAUGAAAACUGAUAUAUACAUACACACACACACACACACACAUACAUACAUAUAUAUAAAUGCAUCGCUCGAUUUUCAAGAGUACCAUAUGGGCAUGGCUAAGUUAGAAAGAGAGUCAAUGCGACCGCCAUCCCCAUCAGCGCCGCCUCUAACAACCACUGGCAUUCCGGUUAAUCUAAUUAGCAGCAGUACUUCUGCUUCCCCAAUGGCUUGGUCCACGGGGCUCUGCAAUUGUUGUGGUGAUGUUAGCAGUUGUUGCUUGACGUGUUGGUGUCCAUGUGUAACAUUUGGACGCAUUGCAGAAAUUGUGGAUAGGGGAUCAACUCCUUGUGGAGUGAGUGGAACUCUUUACAGUUUGAUGGUGUGCUUGAUGGGUUGCUCGUGUUUGUACUCGUGCUUCUAUAGAACCAAAUUGAGAGGACAAUAUUUCUUGGAGGAGAAGCCCUGCACGGAUUGCUGCGUCCAUUUUUGCUGCGAGGCAUGUGCUUUGUGCCAAGAGUAUAGACAUCUUCAGAACCAGGGCUUUGACAUGUCCAUCGGCUGGCACGGCAACGUUGAAAGGCAGAGACGACUGGCUACAACAUCAAUGCCACUGCAUCCACAACUUUAUGCAGCAGGCAUGACGCGCUAGCUAAUUUCAUGUACUCCUUGCUGUAAGUUUGAGGUAGACUGAGUACGAGGAAGAACAAUUGGAAAUGCUUGUUCUAGAGUUGGAAAAUAAUUCCAUGUACUCCUUGCUGUCGCAAAUAGUAGUCUAUUAUAUUUGAAUGACUUUUUGUUAUUAUUAAUUGUCUCG